GGAGGGUUUCUUCCUUCGGAUUCAUUAAUCCUUCCAUGGCAUUGUCUUAAUAAUGGCGGCCGGUUCCAGAGGCUGGGCAACUGCUCCAUUUGGCCUUAAAAUCCGUAGGUCUGAUGUUUCUCCUCUCCAUCUCCAUGGGUUUGAUUUCCGGAAGAGGAGAGGCAGAAGCAGAGUAGGUCAUGGCCAUCGACUGAGUCGAAUAGUCAGCUGUUGUUUCGACUCGGUCCCCUCGAUUCGUAAAUAUUCGAGCUCUGACAACAAUAUGGACAAGACUGUGGUGUGGCGGUCCCAACCCAGGAAAUGCUCUUGUAGAAUCCGAGUCCAAGCCAUACCUGCGGUGCCCUUUGCCUCGCCCUGGCUUCAUGGUACUUCAAAACUAGAAGACUUCUAUCCUCGGUGUAGUUCAGGAAACUCUGCACCACAGUCUCGUGAUACUCCACCCAAAAGAGACACUGGCAUUGCUAAUGAGAAGGACUGGGGCAUCAACUUGCUAAAUGAAAACAACAAUGAGUCUGGCACAGAUGAAGAUGGAACUACUUGGUACCGAGAAAGUAGGGAGGACCUCAGGGAAAAUGGAUUCAGAUGCCGAUGGACAACGAUGGGAGGUCAAAGCCAUGAUGAUUCCUCAGAAUGGAAAGAGACAUGGUGGGAGAAGAGUGACUGGAGUGGAUACAAAGAGCUAGGUGUGGAGAAAUCUGGAAAAAACGCUGAGGGGGAUUCAUGGUGGGAAACAUGGCAAGAGGUUCUUCAUCAAGAUGAAUGGAGUAAUUUGGCAAGGAUAGAGAGAAGUGCACAGAAGCAAGCAACGUCAGGCACUGAAAAUGCUGGAUGGUAUGAGAAAUGGUGGGAAAAGUAUGAUGCAAAAGGUUGGACAGAGAAAGGGGCACAUAAGUAUGGUAGACUCAAUGAGCAGUCAUGGGGGGAGAAGUGGGGAGAGCACUAUGACGGAAAAGGAUCCGUUCUGAAAUGGACAGAUAAAUGGGCAGCAACUGAACUGGGAACCAAAUGGGGAGACAAGUGGGAAGAGAAGUUUUUUGCUGGCAUGGGUUCGCGCCAAGGAGAGACGUGGCAUGUAUCCCCUGCUGGUGAUCGUUGGACAAGGACAUGGGGUGAAGAACACUUUCAAGACGGGAAAGUACACAAAUAUGGUAGAAGCACUACGGGUGAAAGUUGGGAUAUCAUUGCGGAGGAGGAAACCUUUUAUGAGGCUGAGCCUCAUUAUGGAUGGGCAGAUGUUGUCGGUGAUUCAAGUCAAUUGUUAACAAUCCAACCGCGGGAGAGGCCACCCGGGGUAUACCCGAAUAUUGAGUUUGGAUCCUCUUCACCGCUUCCACCAGAUGAACCACCAGAUACUCCUUCCCUCUCUUAACAGUGAACAGCUGCUUCUCAAGUUCCAUGUUUCUUUCGGAAAAUGAUAUUUGAACUCCAUUUUUUUUAUGUUACUAGCCUCCUGUAGUAACUAGUGGAACCAAUGGCUUUUCAAUUUAUUUAUUCUUUUGAUUUUGCGACAAUUCUGAAUUUUUUUUCUACCAUAAAGCACUGUUUAGAAGCAUUAAUAUGUACUGAUGGAAACACAACAAUACCUUCGGU